AAUCAAGAUAAUGAACGGAGUGAAACCGACUAAGCAAGCGCGACCACGCUUCGCUUCUAUAAUUAUCUUCUAGUAAGCCUGACGCAGAACAACACACGACAAGAAAAAAUGAUGUCCUCGUCUGUAGUGGUUGCGAGAUCGAUUCUAAAACCUCGCUCUCAUGCUCUGCGGCACGCCUCAUCCUUGGACAACGCAGUGCGAGAUGCUGAAGAAGGGGUCAUACACCGUGGUGAUGGAUUCGUCACCAUCAAAGCAAAAGAUAACAUGUAUUGCAAUUUUUAUUUUUCCUUUUUCUCGAAAUAAAUAAAGUCAUACAUAAGUAGUAGAGGCUUUGUUUUCAGGAAGUGGCGUAGAUCAGUGAUUGAUCAUAAUAUGAAAAUUUUGAUUUUCUUUCCUGCUGUGGCCUAGUAAGUAUAAGCUUCUCUAAAAAUUAAGCUUUUUGUUUUUCGUUACUCAUGUUUGUAUGGUGCGCUUGCGCUACUACAACCACAGUUACCGACGAAGGCGGGCCGAGCACGCCAGGGUGUUCCAGUGGGGAGUCGGAAAUAAAUUUCGGGCCGACUCCAAAAAUCGAUUUAUGCCCGUUCACAAGCCGCACUCCAAGGAGAUUGUUGUAAGGGACGACUAUUACGAGUCUCCUCAUCCCCGCAACAUGUUCUUCGAGGAUUUAAACGAAGCAUGGGAGGUGAUGUUAUGAUAGAAAGAGUUGUUAAUGUUAUCCAGCUAAGGCUUGAACGAAUCAUGGGAGGUGUUGAUGUUAUGAUUAUACGAAAAGUUUUUGUUUUUAUCCAGCUAAGGCUUGAACGAAGCAUGGGAGGUGUUAUGAUUAUACGAAAAGUUCCUGUUUUUAUCCAGCUAAGGCUUGAACGAAGCAUGGGAGGUGGUGUUACUUUUCUAAGGGGAGAAUUGAAUUUAGACGAAGCAAGAAAGAACGAUGAGCAAUAUUAAAUGCCUUGUCCUUUCUUCAUAAAACUGGUACGAGAAUUACAAGUGGCAUUCGAAGCCGUUUCCGGUGAAAAAGUAUGGAUUAGAACGCUGCAAACGAGAAGCAGAGACAUUCCUCGAAUCGAAGCUUCACCUACUUGAGGCUCCUUCACCUUCGGGCGACGCGGAAAAUAAGACAGAGGAUCAAGCAGAAAAUAGAGGCCGCAUAUUAACAAUGGACGAAGAUGAUCAUAGCACUUCUUCCAAUAUUAGACUGCAUGAUCAUAGCGAAGCCUCCAGAAGACCCGCGUUUGCAGAAGAUCCGCGUUUGCGUGUUCCUUCUCGCACCGUGUUCGGGACACAUAAUUUCGCUGCAGGUUGCCAUCCAGACUACAGACGUCCGGUGCCCCGACUGAGUGACGACGAUAGCUGCUUAGAUCCAGGUACUAAUAUUGGCAAUGGAGGUACUAAUAUGGCAGCGCGAGGGGGUACGAGUAACACAGGUAGUGGCUGCACUGGUUCUUCCGCACUUAGAACUUCUACCGCAAGUAGGAGUCUUGGGGAGAAUUCCGCAGGAAGUAGUAGUUCCUCCGCAAGCAGUAGUUCCGCGGGAAACAGUGGCCCCGCAGCAGGAAAGAAGAGUAGUAUAUGUGCAUACUCAGAGGCUCUGCAGAAAUACACGGGUACUUUUGCAGCAACCAAAAAAACAAGAGGAAGGCGCGCACCCAAAUCAUUAAGAAACCACUUUUAAUCUACAAGGGCAUAUUUGAAACAAUUUUUUUUGAAAAUUAGAUCAUGCAAUUGUCGAAACUCCGCUGCGAACAAGUAAAUAUUACUAGAGUUGUAUGAAAGACAAUCACAAUGUUGAUCACUUUCGUGUUUGAAGAAGUACAACCUUCUAUGAUAUGACUCAUUUUCAACUACGCCCUGUUGCGUCCGUCAAAUUCCUUGUAGACAAGAGUUUAUUUGCUUCUCGUUCUCUAAUAAACAAGUUCUUGAAAGUUGUUAAGGUUUUUUUUGAAAAUUAGAUCAUGCAAUUGUUGAAACUCCGCUGCCAACUCUUUUUACCUCCACCAUCCGCUAAAUUGUAGUAGAAGUUCUCUGGAAGCCGAGAAGCGAGCGAGUUUUCUGAAUGCGGAAUUACAUAGUGACAACGUUGCCCCGAUCGAGUUCGACGAGCGCAUGCAAGGGUGGAGCGUUUUUUUCUACGACGAGAAUGGUCGGCCUACGACAAAAUGCUACUCGGCCAGAAAAUGGGGCAAUCUGGUUGCGAGGGACAAGGCCUUCGCUGUCUACCAAAAUAUGGGCCUGGGGUUAUAGCAACAGGGCACUAGAAGUACUACUAGGUGUUUCAUCACGUACACCAGCGUCCUCUGCUACUAACCACUACUAGUGAACCUUCUCUACUUGCGGUACUAGCUGUAGUAGUGACACCGGCGCCGUCUACUACUAGAAUAUGAGUCUGUCAUAAGCUGUGACACUGGUCACUAAAACGAUCUGUUUGAACGGCGACUUCAUGAAGUAAUAAUCUGAAUAUCAUCUUCCUCCGUGUUCUGAUUCAUGUCGUAAUUGCUAUGCUGCCUCAAAUAAAAUGUGCUCUCAUGAAAUGUCAGUUGUUUCUCUUGUCCUGAAAU